ACAAAAAAAAGACAUUUUCACAUUCUCAUUUCCAUUUCUCCAAUGGAAUCCCUAACUCCUUUCCAUCUCGGCGUUUACAUCACCCCAUUUCCACCGUCAUCAAACCCUAAAAAACACCACCACUUACUUAAACCAACCUCCGCCGUGAACAACGGCACCACCACCACUUUCUCCGCCAGCAAAUGGGCCAACCGUCUUUUCUCCGACUUCCAAUUCCCUCCAACCACAACCAACCCCACCGACUCACCACCCACUUCACCUCUCCAAUACCCUCCUCCCAACUCCAUAUCCGACCGCCACGUGGCAAUGCCCAUUGAUUUCUAUAAAGUUUUGUCAGCUGAACCCCAUUUUUUAAGUGAUGGAAUUAGAAGAUGUUAUGAAACUAAAACCCUUAAACAAUUGCCUCAAUACGGGUAUAGCGACGAGGCGUUGAUUAGUCGACGACAGAUAUUGAUGGCGGCGUGUGAGACGUUGAGUAAUCCUCGGACAAAACGAGAGUAUAAUCAAGGACUUGUUGAUGAUGAGUUUGAUACCAUACUUACUGAUGUUCCUUGGGACAAUGUUCCUGGAGCCUUGUGCGUGUUGCAAGAAAGUGGAGAGGAUGAAGUUGUCCUUCAAAUUGGUGAGAGUUUACUGAAAGAGAGGCUACCUAAGUCGUUCAAGCAGGAUGUUGUGUUAGCAAUGGCACUCUCAUAUGUUGAAAUCUCAAGGGACACUAUGGCCAUGUCUCCUCCUGAUUAUAUUAAGGGUUGUGAGUUGCUAGAGAGGGCGCUAAAGUUGUUACAGGAAGAAGGUGCAAGCAGUCUUGCACCAGAUUUACAAGCACAAAUUGAUGAAACAUUGGAAGAGAUAAACCCACGUUAUGUGCUGGAGCUUUUGGCUUUGCCUCUCGAUGAUGAGCACCGAGCAAAAAGAACAGAAGGUCUUCAAGGUGUGCGUAACAUUUUAUGGGCUGUUGGAGGUGGUGGUGCCGCAGCUGUUCCCGGAGGAUUCACGCGUGAAGAUUUCAUGAAUGAAGCUUUUUUACGAAUGACUGCAUCAGAGCAGGUUGAACUUUUUGCUGCCACACCAGAUAACAUACCAGCAGAAAGUUUUGAAGUUUAUGGAGUUGCUUUAGCACUUGUUACCCGAGCUUUUAUGGGUAAACAGCCUCAUCAUAUUAAAGAUGCUAACAACUUAUUCCUACAACUUCAACAAAUCAAAGUAACAUCCUUGGGUAAUCCAUCUCUCAUGUACAACGUAAGAGAAAACCGUGAUGUAGACUUUGCAUUAGAGCGGGGUCUCUGCUCACUUCUUGUUGGGGAAGUUGAUGAAUGUCGUUCAUGGUUAGGUUUAAACGAUGAGAACUCACCAUACAGAGAUCCAUCUAUUGCUACAUUUGUCAUGGAAAAUUCUAGAGAUGAUCCCGAGAACGAUCUCCUUCCUGGUCUCUGUAAGUUAUUGGAAACAUGGUUGAUGGAGGUGGUUUUUCCUAGAUUUAGAGAGACAACUGAUGUCCAGUUUAAGCUUGGUGAUUACUAUGAUGAUCCUGUUGUACUGAGAUAUUUAGAACGGUUAGAGGGAGUUGGUGGUUCACCGCUGGCAGCAGCAGCUGCUAUUGCUAGGAUUGGUGCUGAAGCUACUGCAGUUCUUGACAGUGUAAAAGUCAGUGCAAUUCAGGCUUUACAGAAGGUCUUUCCUGUUGGACAGGAGUCACAGAGUGUCAGACGUAAUGAUAAAAGCGAGUUUGGUGAUUCUUUUGUGGUUAAAACUGAGUUUGACAAUGGAGGUGUGGUUGCUGAUAUAGUUGAUGUUCCUGCGGAAAGUCCUUUAAAUGAGAAUGAAGAACAAGAACUGAUUACUAACCGGAUAAAAGAUUUGGCUGUCAAGAUCAUGGCUGGCGGUGUGCUUGUCGGAUUUAUGACUUUCGCGGUGUUGAAACUUAUGCCGGCCAAGAGAGUAUCUACCCCCCUUAAAGAAAUUGGUUCUGCUAUUGCUUCAGAUGUCAUCAAUGUGGGGGACUCUAUAGCUGAAGACACUGAAGAAAUACCUAGAAUGGAUGCAAGAUUUGCCGAAAGUCUAGUUCGCAAGUGGCAAAGCAUAAAAUCUCAGGCUCUUGGACCUGAUCAUUGCUACACAAAAUUGUCAGAGGUGUUGGAAGGUCAAAUGCUCAAGAUAUGGCUCGAAAGAGCAACAGAAAUUGCUCAGCAUGGAUGGUUCUGGGACUACACUUUGCUAAACAUUACCAUUGAUAGUGUUACCAUUUCACUUGAUGGGCAUUUAGCCGUUGUGGAAGCAACCCUUGAAGAGUCUGCUAAGUUGACCGAUUUGGCCCACCCAGAACAUAAUGACUCAUACAAUUCAACCUACACAACACGUUAUGAGAUGUCAUAUGCCAAAUCAGGAUGGAAAAUCACAAAGGGAGCUGUCCUUAAAUCAUAGUCUGCAACUACAUACCGUGUAACUUUUUCUCUCCCUCUCUCUUUCUGUAUUUUCAUUUUUAGAUCAAUCAGCAAUAGAAAGAUAUGUUGCUCUAUCAUAUCCAUCACAAGUGUGCUAGGCGCUGCUCAACAAAUUAGAAGUUUGUAUAGUUAGAGGUGGUUUGUAUGUGUCUUAAAAAUGGUUCUUAUAUUAUUGUGAUUUCAAGUUAUAAUAACCAAAUUUAAAUUUUUUGAUCAACA